CAUUCUGUCUCCUUCACAGAUGCCACUUGCAGGAGCUGGCCAACCUGGGCUCCCCAAGCUCCUGUCUCACUGGAGGGCACCUUGGUGCUGGGUGCCCCGAGGGGUUGUACGUUCAGCGAAACGUUUGCAUGCUUGAAUGUGUAGGUCAGGUCACUUGGGGUGAGCAUUCCCCCUAGCCCCCUCCCCCACAUUCUUGGCGGGAGUGGGAGAUAAGGCUCAGGGACACAGACAUCUGCGUCAGAGAUAGGAGGUCUCAAUGCCAUGGGCAGGGGCAACUUGGACUGCAGGGCGUGGGAAGGACCCGGGGAAGAGUGGGGUGAGAAGGGUAGAGGAGGGAGGGCGGUGGGAUGGGAAGAGACAGUUGGGGAGGUCCUGAGCAGAUUUGGACAGAAGGGGCACAGGCAGGGUGUAGGCUCCCAGUUGGCAGAGCCAGGUGAGCGAUGAUGCCCCAGCUGCUCCUGCUGCUGCUCUUGCUGUUGGCCCCACAAGGUGGGCAUGGCUGCCAUGGGUCAGAACUGGACCGGGAACUUGUCCUGGCCAAGGUGAGGGCCCUGUUCCUGGAUGCCUUGGGUCCCCCAGCAGUGGCUGGGGAAGGCGGGAGCCCUGGAGUCAGGCGGCUGCCCCGAAGACAUGCCCGGAGGGCCUUCAUGCACAGGGCCUCUGAGCCCCUGGAGGAAGAGGAGGAGGAGGAUGUCUCCCAGGCCAUCCUUUUCCCAGCCACAGGUGCCAGCUGCGAAGAUGAGCCAGCUGCUGGAGGGCUAACCCAGGACUCUGAGGAAGGUCUCUUCACUUAUGUCUUCCGGCCAUCUCAACACACUCGCAGCCGCCAGGUGACUUCUGCCCGGCUGUGGUUCCACACAGGGCUAGAUAGGAAGGUCCUGGUGGCCUCCAAUAGCUCAGGGUUCCCACUAGGCCUGCUGGUGCUGUCAUCUAAUGGGCCUGUGCCUGUGCCCAUGUCUCUGGGCCAAGCGCCUCCUCACUGGGCUGUGCUGCAUCUAGCCACCUCUGCCCUCAAUCUGCUCACCCACCCGGUCCUGGUGCUACUGCUACGUUGUCCUCUCUGCACCUGCUCAGCCCGGCCUGAGACCACACCCUUCCUGGUGGCCCAUACUCGGGCGAUACCACCCAGCGGAGGGGAGAGAGCCAGGCGCUCAGCUCCCUCCAUGCCCUGGCCCUGGUCUCCCGCUGCUCUGCGCCUGCUGCAGAAGCCUCCGGAGGAACCCAGUUUGCACAGCCACUGCCACAGAGCCUCGCUCAACAUCUCCUUCCAGGAGCUGGGCUGGGACUGGUGGAUCGUACACCCUCCCAGUUUCAUCUUCCACUACUGCCACGGUGGCUGUGGGCUUCCCACUACGCGAGACCUGCCCCAUCCAGGCUCUGGGGGUCCCCCAGCCCCUGUUCAGCACUUUUCUUUGGUACCAGGGGCCCAGCCCUGCUGUGCUGCCCUCCCUGGCACCAGGAGGCCCCUACACGUCCGCACUACCUCAGACGGAGGGUAUUCUUUCAAGUAUGAGACGGUCUCCAACCUUCUCACCCAACACUGUGCUUGUAUCUAAUGGGGGUCUUGCUUCCUCCUCCCGUGGCUGGUGGCUGCGUCCCCUCAUCCUCAGCUGGGAGGAAGGAUAGAAUGUGGGAAAAAAGCAGAUCCCACUCCAUUUUCCUCCCACUCUCUGCCUGAGGUCUCCCCCUCCAGUCCUACUCUGUCCCAUGGUUAGCACAAGGCAAUAAAAAAAAAAAC